AUGUCGACGCAGAACGAUCAAAUAUCAUCUACCACGUCAAAGACGUCCCCCGAACAAAGCUUUGAAAGAGAGAAGAAGAUCACCGUCCUCCGUUCCUCGAUCGCCGACUUGGAAUCUCAAACAGCCCAACUUGAGGCCCAGCUCGAAUCCACAAAGGCGCGACUGAGGAAUGACCCCGUAGCUACGGUUCAGCGGCAUAUCCGUCUUCUCCAUGACUACAACGACAUCAAGGAUAUCGGACAGGGCUUGAUGGGACUGAUUGCAGAUGCGCGUGGGGUCCGCCAGAUAGACGUGCAGAAAGAGUUCGGCGUCGGUAAUGAUGAUUGA